AUGGUCAACCUUUACAAAGGCAAGCGUGGAGUUGCAAACGGGUUUGAGCUUAGCAGACUUUUUAUCGACAUUGACAUUGAAGAGAUAUCCUCUUUUAGGAAGAGGUAUGUAGAGAAAAUUUCUGCUUCAUCUUCAUCAAAUGAGCAUGUUGGUUCAAACGUUAUCUCAAGUGUUGAAGAUGAGUUUCUUAAUAACCCUGAUUUCAUGCUUAUUGGUUUCCUUGGAACCAUAUCAAUGACAAAGAAGGUUUUGGUUCUUGGCACAAUCACAACUAUAUGCACUGAUAAACUUUGGUAUUACAAUGGUUGUAACCACUGUUCAAUAUACCUAUUAGGGUGCAAGACUAUUCCGCUGACUGUGUCUUUGACACUGUUUGAUUUCGAAGCUUACAAGAUUCUUAGGAAAACUGCCAAAGAGUUACUUGCAAUCCAGGAUCAGGUUGUUAAUUCUGGAGAGAUACCGAAACCAUAUCCUGAGAUUUUUGACACAUUGAUUAGAAAGAGGUAUGCAUUCAUCAUAAGUGUUAAAGACUAUAACAUUGAGCAUCAAGUUGAAAACUAUGGUAUUUCAAUGGCCACUAACGAUGAUGAGAUCCUUGCCGCGCUCUGCGCCAUAUUCAAUCUUAACCAGGUUUAA